CCAAAAGACAUCUCAGGCAAUUACUUCAGGAAUAUUAUUAUCAUUAAUAUUAUCCUUGUUGUUUUUGUUGGUAAUUUGGAGGGGCAUGUCCUGCAGAGCAUUUUGCAUCAGGAGAGGUCAAGAGAGAAACCCAUCCAUCCAUCUUCUGAACCCACUUAUCCUGUAGAGGGUCAUGGGGGUCUGGGGCCUAUUCCAGGAGCAACAUUCCACAUCGGGGAACGACCCAGGAAAGGGGCACCAACCCAUCACAGCCUUCCAAAUUUUGUUAGGAUUACCGAGUGGGAGGGGUGACAGGAUCAGUCCAGAGGCAGCCUGCAAACCCGGAAACAAGACUAAGUACAUUGUUACAUAAUGCCAUCCUUCCACAAAAGGGAAGUAGGCAGGAUUUUCUGAUUGUCAAGUCAGGUAGGUUGAUUUGUCAGCUCAGCCAUAUACGUAGUACACAGUGAAACGACACAUUGUUCCUCCAGGACCAAGGUGCACAAAAAAAACAAAACGACAGAAACAACACAGUGCAGUCGACAGUAGUAAGCGUGCUGGUUUGAAUGGAUUUUUGAAUAAAUAGUAUUAUUACAGAUAUUAUGACAUGAACCGUAUUCUAUCAGCAGGACAGCAAUAAAUAGUAAAUAAAAGUGCAAAUAACAGUAGCAGCAGGACAGUGUACAGUGUAUAACAAACUGUAUAUGAAAUACAGUUUGUGAUUCAGUUCUGAUUCAGAAGUCUGAUGGCCUGAGGGAAGGCAUGCUGGCAGUGAAGGCUUGUAUGCUACAGAACCUUUUGCCAGAUGGAAGAGAGUGUGGGAAGGGUGUAUGGUCCACAGUGCGGGUGGCUUUGCGGAUGCAGCGUGACGUGUAAAUGUCUGUGACAGGAGAGUGACCCCGAUGAUGCGGCAGAGGGGAGAGAGGCCCCCAUGAUGUAGCAGAAGGGAGAGAGGCCCCGGUGAUGCAACAGAGAGGAGAGAGGCCCCCAUGAUGCGACAUUGGGGAGAGAGGCCCCCAUGAUGUAGCAGAAGGGAGAGAGGCCCCGGUGAUGUAGCAGAGGGGAGAGAGGCCCCCAUGAUGCGACAGAGGGGAGAGAGGCCCCCGUGAUGCGGUAGAGGGGAGAGAGGCCCCCAUGAUGCGACAGAGGGAAGAGAGGCCCCCAUGAUGCGACAGAGGGGAGAGAGGCCCCAGUGAUGCGGUAGAGGGGAGAGAGACCCCCAUGAUGCAACAGAGGGGAGAGAGGCCCCCAUGAUGCGACAGAGGGGAGAGAGGCCCCAGUGAUGCGACAGAGGGGAGAGGUUGUUGUUUCCACACCAGUCAAAUCCAGUUUCCAUUACAGUAAAGCACUUCACCAUCACUGGGUCUCUCCGUCACAAUAAAGCACUGCACCCUUAGUGGGCCUAUCCAUUCCAGUAAAGCACUACCCCUUCACCAAGCUUGUCCAUUACAAUAAAGCACUGCACCAUCACCGGGCCCUUUCAAUUACAGUAAAGCACUGCACCAUCACCAGGCCUAUAAAUUACAGUAAAGCACUGCACCAUCACCGGGCCCUUUCAAUUACAGUAAAGCACUGCACCAUCACCAGGCCUAUAAAUUACAGUAAAGCACUGCACCAUCACCGGGCCCUUUCAAUUACAGUAAAGCACUGCACCAUCACCAGGCCUAUAAAUUACAGUAAAGCACUGCACCAUCACCGGGCCCUUUCAAUUACAGUAAAGCACUGCACCAUCACCAGGCCUAUAAAUUACAGUAAAGCACUGCACCAUCACCGGGCCUUUCAGUUACAGUGAAUCACCGCAGCAUCACUGGGCCUCACUGUUACAGUAAAGUAUUGCAUCAUUACCAGGCCUCUCCUUUACAAUAAAACUGCUGGCAGCUCUUCUGCUCAGCUUUCACAUGCCUGUUUUUCAUCCACUGUCUUGCCCUUUGCAUUUUUCACUUUCCACCUCCUUUGACCUGACUUCCUUCAUCAAUCCAUUUACCUGUCUCACUCACUCCCCCACUCUUCUUCUCUCUGUUGUGGGCUUAUCCCUUCAUCCCUGAUCUCCCUUCAUCCCUUUCAAUCCCCAUCGGUGUGGCUCACAGGGAGAAGUAUGAGCAAAGGGAAGUAAGAUAGGUGACUCCCAGCAGGUGCCGGGAGAAACAGACUGAGAAGAAGCUGUGCAGGGAGCAGAGAAGCUUGGUCUCCCAGGAAGGCGCGGGAGCGAGCAGAGAGAGCCCCAGCCGCGGUAAAGAACAGUACACUGUUGGGAGAAAAGGCUGACAGCCCUUAGCGGCCAGUGCCAUGGGGGAGAUGGAGCAGAUGCGCAAAGAGGCUGAGAGCCUGAAAGAGCAGAUUGCGGCAGCUCGCAAAGCAGUCCAGGACACAACCCUGCAGGCGAUGGUGGAAGGGACGGCCACAGUCAGCCGAGUCCAGCCAAAGACCAGGAAGACUUUGAAAGGUCACCUGGCAAAAAUCUAUGCCAUGCACUGGUCCUCAGACUCCAGGUUAUUGAUCAGUGCAUCACAGGAUGGCAAGCUCAUUGUCUGGGAUGGCUACACCACUAACAAGAUAUUUGCCAUCCCUCUCAAGUCUUCAUGGGUGAUGACAUGUGCUUUUGCACCCUCGGGGAACCUGGUAGCCAGCGGUGGCCUAGACAAUGUGUGCACCGUCUACAACCUCAAGGGCAAGGAUGGCAAUGUCAGGACCUUGAAGGAGCUCGAUGCUCACACAGGAUAUCUGUCAUGUUGCCGCUUCCUCAGUGAUGGCGAAAUCAUCACAAGCUCUGGUGACACUACUUGUGCUCUUUGGGACAUAGAGACUGGCAAGCAGAAGACAGUCUUCAUGAACCACGUCGGUGACUGCAUGUCCCUGGCUCUCUCUUCGGACAUGAACUUCUUUGUCUCGGGAGCUUGUGACUCCCAAGCCAAGCUCUGGGACAUCCGGGAUGGCACCUGUAAGCAGACCUUUCAAGGACAUACCAGCGACAUCAACGCCAUCGCGUUCGUUCCCUCUGGGACCGCCAUGGUAACCGGCUCUGAUGAUGCCACCUGCAAGAUGUAUGACCUGCGCUCUGACCAAGAGCUCAUCACCUACCAGGACUCCAGCAUCGCCUGUGGAGUCACAUCAGUGGCCCUGUCUCUCUCUGGCCGGCUCAUCAUGGCCGGGUAUGAUGACUUCAACUGCAACAUCUGGGAUUCUCUCAAGGCUGAGAGAGUAGGUGUCCUGGCGGGCCAUGACAACAGAGUAAGCUGCACCGGGGUGCCACCAGACGGCAUGUGUGUCUGCACAGGAUCUUGGGAUAGCUUUCUGAAGAUCUGGAACUAAGCUGCUGUACCAGAGCCAAGUGGAGAGAGACAGGGAGAGAGGUGUUGAUGGAGUGAAAGGGGGAAUUACUGCAAGCGAAACAACCGGAUUUGAUCCAUGUGAACUGAGAACUAUGGUGUAAAAGUUAUGUUCAGAAUUCCAAAUGAGCCCCUAUGUCUCUCUCUCCCUCCUUCCAGUUUAUAAAACCCCGCCUGGGAGCCCAGUAAGCCCAUAUAAUGCAGAAACAUUAAUAAGGCGCAAGACAAAUGUGCAGAAGCUUCUGCCACUACUAACACCACAGUCAUGACUGUGGCAAAUAUAACAGUAUUAAAAAUGUUGUCAAAAACCUUUGAGGUAUUAUCAUAGCAAGAUUAAACAGCAUAUCAUUUGUUUUUGAAGGUUUCUAAAAUGAUGGAAGAAUAUCUAAUAAAAGUUUAGCAUUGCAA